CAAAAGUCUGGCAACGCGUCUGAUAGUGAUGACAGCUCCGUUGGUCCGCAGCCUUUGUCUCGCUCCAACGCUGCCACCAACACCAACCAAUCAUCAUCCUACGGAAAGGCAUUGCUGCCAGGGGAAGGUCAAGCUUUGGCCCAGUAUGUGCAACAGAACUUACGCAUUCCCCGUCGAGGUGAAAUUGGAUAUACGGGUGACGAAAUUGAGAAACACGAAACUUCGGGAUACGUCAUGUCAGGAUCUCGUCACGCCCGCAUGAAUGCCGUUCGUAUUCGCAAAGAAAACCAAGUGUACAGCGCGGAAGAACAACGCGCGCUCGCACUAAUCACGAUGGAGGAAAAUCAGCAAAAGGAGGCAGCCUUGAUGCAAGACUUUCGGCAAAUGCUGGAAGAGAAAAAGCGCGCCCGAGAGUCCAAAGGGAAGUCUUAG